AAAAGAAAAAGAAAAAAAAUCUGUUGCAGAAAAUUAAUGGCGGCUGAGCAGUCAACUUCCGGUCAAACCAAACACCCCCAAUUCCAAUUCCCAGUUCCCAAUUCGCAAUUCCCAUUCCAAUUUCGUCCGAAUUACGGGAUUUCCAGUCCAAAUCCAACAUCUCCAUCUCCGAUAACAAUCCCAAAUUUUUAAUCUUAAUCUCAUUUGUUUAGUUGAAGCUCAGUUUAAUUAAACCAAAUCCCACCUCAACUCAACAACGAUGAAAUCAAAUCAAAUCUUCACCCUCCUUUUAUCUCAGCAGCGUAAUUCCUAUUUCCUCCAACAUUUUUCAAUUUCAGAUAAGAUUUAAGAACCCCUCCACUGUACGGCCCGACACUCCACAUUCCUCUGCUUCUUCUUCCUCAGAUCCCUUCACAAACAGCACAGAUUUUCAAAUUCCAAUCCUCCAUCGCCAUGUCUCUUCCAUAGAACACGGAAGAAGAAAACCCAGUUGGGGGUUGUGGGAAUUUUCUGUUUGGGCAAUUCUGUUUUGCAAAUCGAUGGGUUGCGCCACUUCUAAGCACGACGAUCUCCCCGCCGUCGCGCUCUGUCGCGAGCGCUGCGCUUUUCUCAACGAGGCGAUUCGGUUCCGGGGCGCCUUCGCUGAGGCUCACGCCGCCUAUAUCCUCUCUCUCAAAGGGGUUGGGAAAUCGCUGCACGAAUUUAUUGAACCGGGUUUUGUUUCUUCUGAAUCCCCUUCUUCGCCUAAGCUCAAGCUUCCGCCUCAGAGGAAGGGCAACCCUGAUCUCGAAGCUUCGAAUUCUCCUCUCCAUCGUUUAUCUCACUCUAAUUCCGGUUCCCAUCUCCAGUUGAACUCCGAUUCCGACGAUGAUUCCAGUUCCCUUCACCAUUCGGACCACUCCUCGCCUCUGCACCACACCCACGACGAUUAUUUUGACUAUGCCGAUGGGAAUCGCGGCGGUGGCGGUGGUGGUGGUGGGGGUUUUGUGCAGGUCCAUUACAUGAUGAACAAGACGAUGCCGUCGGUGGUGCAUCAGCAGACGCCAGUCACCUCAGAGAGGGUUUAUCAUAUGGGUGAAUCAUCUUCUUCCUCUAAUUAUUAUUCUUAUCCUUAUUCGAAUGCGGAAUCGAACCCUUAUCCGUACAAUGGGUAUCCACCCAAUCAUGGCGGU